CAGCUGGAGGAAAAAAUCAAGCUGCAGAUGUAUUCUUCGAGUAAGCUGCGUGAAAACAUUUUGAAACUAGUAACAAUGGGGAGGAUGAGAGGUCGGAAUUACCAUGCGGUGAAUUCCCGGUAAGAAAAUCAAAGCGGCUGAUCAUCCUCGAAGAUGUUGGAGCAUGUUUCAUGAUACAAGAAGAAGGAGUUAACAGCUCAAUUGGCAACGGUGGAGAAUUAUCAAAGAAUAGAAGAAGACACACAGCACAGUUACAACGAAGAUGAACAUCAAACGGUUACCUGGCUUCAUAAUCCACUACAAACUCGUUUCUGUAGCAGCAUUUCUCGUCCUGGCAUCCAUCGUCUACUUGCUUAUCCACUGGGGGAUAAUGUGCACGAAUUUAGAGGCCUGGAGGCACGUAUCCAAAGUCUGUUCCUUACACAGCUCUGGGACUGCGGCAGGAAUAUUGUGUGGUCCCCUAUGUUCUGAGAAAAGAAUUCACUCUCUGGCCUGCGAGACGCUGCACGCUGGAAAGGAAGCCGUUUUCUCCGCGCAUUGGGAAACUACAAGGCUGGUCUUUAAGGCUUCCAGAAUACAGUCGAAUCCCGAUCAAUCGGAGUCCCUUUUCUGGACGGACACCGCUGGUAUCAAGCAUUUCCCUUCCGAGGAAGAGUUCGCGGACAUGAUUAGAGACCUUAUAACAAACAAUCUGAAUCUGACGAUCACCGGCGAGCAGCUGAAGCGUUUGAGCCGUUUGCGGCGACAUCACGUCGAGACGAACCCGACACGACGCAAUCUGGAGAUGGAGAAUGUCUGGCCGCUCCUUCAGGAGAACGAGUACAUCCUAUCGAUCCUCUACGAGGACAGGGACGUAUUUCCGCAACUGAUCGGAACCUGCGGUACCUUUUUCGCAGUCGAAUACGUGAAGCCCAUCCAAACGCCGACCGGAGUUCUUGCCCUCUCGGACUCGAAACCAGAAUGGGCAAAGAGUCGUCUACUGGUACACCGUGAAACCUUCUCAGAUAGAUGCUGCAAAAUCGUAACUCGUUGCGACUUCUCCCGUUGUCGAAGGUUGAAGCUGGCCGUGAUGAUCCUCGACCUCCUCGAGGAAUUCGACUCGAAUUUCGUAGAGCCUUUUCACCUCUGCGACGUGAAGAUCAAUCACUUCGGACUGCCUCCCGGGGGUCAAAGAUUGAAGUUCCUCGACUUGGACGCGGUAUUUUCCAAAACGGCACUUACCCGCCUCUUGGCUGACGGACGAUCCUGCGAGAAACACGAGGACUGUGACUUCUUUGAUUGCAGAUCGUUUUGCUCUUCGAAACAGAAGUGCGAGUCUCCGGUAGUAAACAACAACCUUCAGAUAAUAUGCGAGAAAAUCUUUCUCGGCUGGACCUUGUCCGGGACGAUAAUAAUCCCCGGCCUGUUAAUGUCUCAACACACAACAAGCACUUUGGCGGUGAUGUUGAGGCAAUGUGCAAAUCCAGCCGGUGAUGUGACAAAUUUACCGAGGGCUGCUGUACCGGAUAGUUUGAAAUCAAGAUUGUACAACAUGUUGAGCGAAAUGGAGCAGCAGUUCAGCACUCCGGAGUGAUGAAAUCGUCCUGGGUCUUUUAAACAUGAUUUGAACAUUUGGUGAUGGACAAUGAUGUCGCUAUCAACGAGAAGACUCGCAGUGAUUAACAGUAACGUGUCAGAUGGCAGAAAAAAAUCAUGUGCGUCAAACGCGCAUGUUCAAAUGACACGGAUUUUUCAUCAUAUACGUGCAAUGUGCAUAGAUUCACAUAUUUUCAUCAUUUUUUAAAAGAAUCUCUUGAAAGUAAGCAAUGACCCGCAUUAUCGAUAGCAAGUCAAUAGAUAUUAUGCUUCUCUUCUCGAUAACUUUGUAGUUCCUACACAAAUUAAUAGUCUUGUUACACACUAAAUAUAGUCACGAAACCAAAGAGUCUCUAGGAAAUUGAAAUGUUGACUACUUAUUAGAUAUUGACAUUGCCUAGACGUUACAGGGAAUAAAGUUUAUAAUUAUGCUUAUUCUUGGUUACGAUUAAGCAGGAAGAAACUAUGUAAUAUUCGUCUUCCUUACAAUUAUAUUUUAUCACGGGUAUUAUUGCCUGAAAUUUCCAUUAGCUUGGUGCACGCGACGGACGAAAAAAAUCAAUACGUGCAGGGUCCUCCAUUCCACAUAACGCGUGCCUAUUUCGUUACUCCUUUUUCUGCAAUUUAUUGAGAUGUGACAGUUUUCUCCAAAAUACAAAUAAUGUAUAUAAAUAUAGGUACACGUUUAUAGUUGAUGAAAUAUUUUUCUCGGAAAGAGAGAAAAACUAACGGAUCUGUACAUUGUGUGUGAAAUCAGAAAACAUACCAAUAAUAUGGUUCGAUAGCUAAAAAAAAUGUCACGUUGAUGCCUAAUCACCUGAUUUCAAAGAAUACAAAAAGCAAUUUAUAUGCAUGUACUUACGACUACAAUAGAAAUAGAUUUGUAUAACGUUAUUAACCAGCAUUCAAAAAUAUUAAACAUUAUCAGCAUUUCA